AAUCAGGAUUGGGUAAAUCAACAUUAAUUAAUUCUAUGUUCCUGACUGAUAUUUAUUCAAAUGAAUAUCCUGGUCCUUCUCUUCGUAUUAAGAAAACAAUACAGGUUGAGACAUCUAAAGUACUUUUAAAAGAAAAUGGUGUCAAUUUAAUCCUUACUGUGGUGGAUACUCCAGGCUUUGGUGAUGCUGUAGAUAACUCUCAGUGUUGGCAGCCUAUAUCUGAUUACAUUGAAGAUAAAUAUGAUGAAUAUUUGAAUGCAGAGUCUAGAGUUCACAGAACAACAAUACCAGAUGGAAGGGUACAUUGCUGCUUAUAUUUUAUUGCACCUUCUGGUCAUGGUUUGAAGCCUCUAGAUAUAGAAUUUAUGAAGAGGUUACAUGACAGGGUCAAUAUUAUUCCCAUUAUUGCCAAAGCAGAUACAAUGACUCCAGAAGAAUGCCAUUUUUUUAAAAGACAAAUUUUGACUGAGAUUGCACAGAACCAAAUAAAAAUUUACCAGUUUCCUGACUGUGAUGAUGAAGAAGUAAAUAGGCAACAAAAAAUCAUGAAGGAACGGGUACCUUUUGCUGUUGUAGGUAGUAACACUACUAUAGAUGUCAAUGGCAAGCUUGUUAGGGGACGUAAAUAUCCCUGGGGAGUUGCUGAAGUGGAAAAUAUGGAGCACUGUGAUUUCAUAGCUUUACGAAAUAUGCUUUUAAGAACACAUAUGCAAGAUUUGAAAGAUGUCACCAGUCAUGUACAUUAUGAAAACUUCCGAUGUCGAAAACUUGCUGGUGUCGGAUCUGAUGGUAAACCAGCUAGAUUAUCAAAUAAGAACCCGCUCGACCAGUUAGAAGAAGAAAAGAGAGAACAUGAAAAUAAAAUGAAAAGAAUGGAACAAGAGAUGGAGCAAGUAUUUGAAAUGAAAGUGAAAGAGAAAAGGCAAAAGCUUAAAGAUUCAGAAAUAGAUCUUCAGCGAAGGCAUGAGCAAAUCAGAAAGAGUCUAGAUCAGCAAAAACAAGAAUUAGAAGAAAGAAGGAAAGCAUUUGAAAAGGAAAAAGCAGCAUUUGAGUUAGCAAACAAAGAUGUUGAAGAUGCAUUCAAAAGAAUGACCAUGGACAAUAAUUCCAAAGAGAUAAGUUUUCAAAAGAAAUUGCUGUCUACUUGCUGCAGUUCUAUCUCUUCAAAGAAAUUUAUGCAAAUUUUUGGUCAACCUCCUACUCCACUUUAAAUGCCUUCAUCUCUUUCCUUUACUUCAGUUGACAGGCAUUUGGAUGGCAAAGAAAAGAAAAAAGAAAAAAAGAAAGGUCUCUUCUAAGAGAAAAUUUGAUUUACUGUGCCUCCAUUUACGUUGUUUGCUUUUGUGCUGUCCAAUGUCAUCAUUGCUACUAUUAUCUCUGUUGCUGUUGAAAAUUAACAACAGCUCAUGAAAAACUUGCUCACCUAAUAUUUUGCCAUUGCCUACAUUAAAGCUUGUACAUUUUUGGUUUUGCAUUCCCAAGUUGCAUUUGAAUGUAUCUGUAUAUAUAGUUUUAUUCAUUUAUAAAUAACAUUUUUAUUUGAUUAUAUUAAAUUGAAAUAUACUGUGGUACUUAAAAAGUUUUUUUUUUUUUUUUUCCCCAUCAUCAAAUGUUGAAAACUUUUAUAUAAAUAAAAGCACAUUGUCGCUUCGUCUGUUAUAUUUAUGUAUUGAAAUUGCCAAAUAACAGAAGAGUUUUCAUGAAUAUUUAUUCAGAAAGUUGUCAAAGUGUAUUAUUGUUCAUUUGUAGAGAAGUUGUGUUCUGGGACUAAUUGGCAUGUGAAUUAGUAAAAGUUGUAUGUUAAAGUAACUUUUUCAGAUAGUGUGACUUUAUUCUUAUUUCUCAAUUUAUUUUGAAAUAAGUAUGAUAAAUAAACAAUAGAUAUAUUAGGCCACUAUUUUCCCCAUUUGAUUAUCCUGAUGAUGGUCAAUUUAUAUUCAUAGUUAAAUUAUUUGAGAAUGAUUUGUUGAUUUCAGCAGUAUGUGUAUUUGGUAAUGUUUUGAAUUGGAACUUAAUAACUGGAAAAAAUUUUCCCCUGGAUGUUAUAAUUACAUUUUAAAGACAUGAAAAUUAAAAUUCUGUUGUAGUAUUUAAAAAAAAAAAAAAAAAAAGAAAGAAGAAGAAGAAGAGGGAAGGAAAUGUGUUUUUGUAUAAUUAUUAAAACAUUGUAAUUAAAGCUUUAAUUUUUUUAUAAAUAUAAAGUCAAAAUUUAGAUAUUUGAGAUGUAGUGAUUGCAUGUUUGUAGAAUUGUAGUACAGGCUGGGAAAUAUUUUUUAAUGCUACAACAUCAACUCAGAUUCAUAAUGUUGCAUUUUUAAAAGUCACAUUUUCUUAGCAAAUGCUGGUAACAGAAUUUUUUUAUGCUGAAAAACAUUUUUAUAUGUAAAUAUAUCUAUAUAAUAUAUCAAAUAUAUAUUGGUAGAUUUCUAAAAAUCACAUAUUCUUCCUUUCUGUUGAUAAAAACCGUGCUGUGCUUUUGUUUUAUGUCCUUUUUAGUGAUAAGAGCUGACUAUGUGGAAGGUGGAGGUUUAAAUUUUUUCAAAUACCCUGUCAUAUUAUGAUAAAAGAAAUACUCAGAAAAGUUCUUAUGUUUGUAUUUAAUAUUUUAUGAUAGUAUCAUUAGAAAUUACACCUCAUGAUUUUAAUAUAAUGAAGUUUUUCAGUUACUUUCCUUUAGUCUUAGUGGGAUAUCAGUUUCAUGCUUUGCAUAAAACAUAAUUGAGUUAUUUACUUAAUUGUCAAUUUAAGCCAGGAUUAAUGUUGUUAGAGUUAACUGUUUUUUUAUAUAUUACUAUCAUGAAAAUACUGAAAUUUAAAGCUCAGCAAACUCCUUUUCUUUUUAUCACAAAAUUUAAAUUAUUUAAAAUAAUUCCUAUAGCAUAUUGCAUGUAAUCUUAUUUUUUUAUUUUACGAUCAUGACAUUUCUGAUUGGAAUUAAGAUUGCAGAUGUAUUGCUGUGGCUGAACAUAUAUUGGAUAUUCAUUAUUGUUUUCUAGCCCUUAAAAUUUUCUAUAUUUCCCCAGAUUAAUCCAUAAUAAGGUGCAGAUAUUUCUUCAGCACCUUAUUAUGGAUAUUUUAUGGGGUAUAAGAUUCCUACCUUCAUUUCAGGUGGUACCUUGUGUAAUGGCAAAUUGUAUUAUCUCUAUUAAGAUGCAUUUGUCAUUUCUUUAUAAAAUUAGUUUGACUGUUUAAUUUUAUGAAAACUUCAGUUGAAGUAUGUAUGUAGAAAUUAGUUUUCAUGCACUUUUUUUAAUGCCUUCACUACUAUAUGACUUUAUUACUUAUGAUGGUUCAUUUUGCAAUUAAUAAUCCUCAUCUGAGUUCAGCUCUUUUGCAAGUUUUUUUAAAGAAGAAGUUGUGUUUAAAAAGAAAAUUUGAUUCUUAUUUACAUAAACCUGGUGAUUUACUGUAAAAAAUUUAAAUUUAACUUGGGCUGAAGAGCAGAUGUCAAAUCUUUUUUUUUUUUCCCUGCUCAGAGAAAAGUACUUAAAUGGUAAUUAGACUGCUAAAUUUUUUUUUUUAAAUAAAUAUUUUAUUAGUUUAAAGUCCUUUUCUAGAAUAAGUUGAUGUGAGUGUAUUUAAAUAUGCCUUUUUGUUAGCAUUAAUGAGUAUAUUAAUUUUCAAAUUUUGCAUUUUGCUAUUUAUGAAUUGCAACAGGGGGAAUAACCGUGGUUUAUAGCAGUACUGCAUCUGCUGUUUUUCUUUUUUUUCUUGAAGGAUUCUUUCAGUAUUCAUUCCAAAAAGUAUUGUAUUUUUAGCCACAUGUUUAGAAUUGUGUGUUAUUAUAGUAUAUGAGUUUUAAUAGUUAAUAUCUUUUAUUCUUAUCUCCUUGUGUAAUUUUUUCUUUUGUUCCAUAAUGUAACAUGUUGACAUUUUGCUGUAAUAGGGGUCAUGAGAAACAAUGGAUUUGGUUUAAGAAGUAAACCUGUUUGAGAAUGGAAAUAUCAGCUGUAAAUAAAACAAAAUUCAGCCUCUUGUGUUUAUUUACCACUAGUAUUUUUGAUCGAUGGAGUAAAUGUAAUAUUUACAAAUAUUUGUUAUGGAGCAAAGAAAUACUAUAAGCAUUGUAAUCAAAAAUUAAAAUCUGUUUUUAUGAAAUGUCAGUUAUUAAAGAAUAAUUAAUUCUUUUGUACAUAAUAUUUCGUUUCGGUCAGGGAAGAGAAUUUAAGUAAAUAUCUGUAGCUAUAAUUUUCUGAGAAUGUAGAACUAUUUGAAACUUGUGUAUUUUUUUCCUUAAAGCCUGAAAAUAUGGACAUUAUAAUAAAAUGGGAGCUUAUUCUUCCUUAUAUGUCAAAACUUCUUAGUGUAUUAUUUUACUGCUGUAUAUUUAAUCUAUUACUAACUUAAUCUAAUAAUGUAUAACAACAUAAAAUUGUUUCUUAUUUAUGCAUUUAAAAAAAAUUCUUAAUUCAUGUGAGUGCCACUUAAAACUUUUGAGUAUGUGAAUUUCUAUGUAGAGUUUAUCAGUGAAGUGAGGAAGAACCAAAUGUGUUAAUAUAAUAUCACAUUCAAGGUUUUUUUUUUUUUUUUUUUUCCUUUUAAGUUGAAAAUGCAUCCAUAGCAUUUCCAGUUUACUAAGUCAUUGUACUGACUAUGUUAUCCUAAAUAUUUAAUACUUUCUCAUGGUUGAUGUAUAUUUUUACACUUAAUAUUUUCCACAAUGUAAAAUGUGUAAUUUAAAAGUUUACAUUAACAAUAAUUUUUCUCCCUAAAUGUGUAUGUCAGCUGUUUUAUGUUAAAUUUAAUGAGCAAUCUAAAUUAGUUUUCCCUUUAUCUAACUCUAUUGUGGGAGACAAUGGUACUAAUAAAUAGUUCAUUAAUAAAAUAUUAACAAGUUACUAAUAUUGGAAAAUCUUAAAAAAAUGUCUUUUGAGUGAUAACACGGUUUGGCAUAAUUUUAUCCUUAGCAGUUUAUCAUUGAUUCCAACCUUAACAAACGAGAAAUACCAAAACAGUUAAUGUCACGUAGGAAAAAUAUCCGUCAUUUUAUGUGUUAGUUUUUUUAAGCACCAUUUUGUGUUUUAUACAUAUAACAUUUGAGAAUGUAAAUUUUUGUGAAUAUUCUCAUAAAUAUUGCUUGCGUUUGGGUUUCAUUAUGCUGUAAUUAUUGCUAUUCAUCAAUUUUUAUUUUCUCAGCAUUUUGAAUUUAAAAUAAUAUUUCUUAACAUUUCAUGGGAAAGAAUUAACUGCUUUUUAAUUAAAACAUUUGAAACAUGUGUUUGAAAAAAAAAAUUUUUAAUUGACUACAUUUUGAGUGAUUGACUGCAUUUUAUUGAUUGUAUUUAAUCCUUCCUAUCUAUAUCAUAUCCUAUCUGUAUCAGUGCUGGUUAUAUUUCCAUUUGUAUUUCUGAGAAAGGCUCCAUUAAUUUCACAUGGCAAUCUAAAAAAUAUGUGGCAAAAGAGGUUAAAACCUGUAUUGAUGGUAUGACUGUGCUAAGUGUUGUUAAAAUUAAUUUGAAUCAAAAUCUUAUUGUAUAUAAUUAGCAUAAAUUUUGUUUAAAUUUAAUCUUUCUUAUCCAUGUGGUAUCAAAAAUAUUUUUAUGAGGUUGCAGUAAAUAUAAUUUUAUCUUUAAAUUUCAUAAUUUUACAGGAAUUGAUUUUAGUAGAUUCAAAUUGUAUUAAAACAUGUCCCCUCCUUUAUGUGUGUGUGUGUGUGUGUGUAGAGGGGCGAGUUGCAUCAGAAGUUUUCUUUUGGGGAUAAAAAGACUUAAAACAUUUACUAGUUUUAGAUAGUGGUUGUAUAAAGUUUCAUAUUUAUUUAUAGUUUAUGAAGUGAUUUCUUGUCAACAGGGUAAAAUAUUCUUAUGCUGUAACAGACUUUAAUAAAACUCAUAGCUUUUUACAUUUGAUAAUUUUAGUAAGAAACUAUUUUUAAAGUUCUUCUAUUUAUAAGCUUUGAAUCAGUUUCAUAAUGAAAUGUGAUUUCAUUAAGAUUCUCUUUUGAUAAAUAAAAAGUCAUCGAUGAAUUACAUGUAUUUCACUUUCAUAAUAAUAUAUCAAUGGAUUAAACUGUGUGACUUUUUUUGGGGGUGGAGGGAAUUAUAUUAAUAAAUUUUCACAUUAAAGAAAGAGCAAAAAGAAAACAUUUGAUUUUUAGAUUUUGGAUAGUGAAUUUAUAAACUGUUAACUUUGGUUGUUUUAAAUUUAUCUUUUCAUUUUAAUAAAAUGUACUAUUUUUCAGCAAGAUAGUACAGUUCUUGGUGGAGAAUAGGUUGAAUUAAUGAAGAAGAAUUUUAAACGUUUUUAGAACUAAGAACUGGCAGUUUAUUUAGUGUAUCAUACAUGUUUUUAAAUUAUCAAGAGCUAAAUAACUCCUUCAUAU